AAUCAGCAGCCGCGGCUCAAAAUUCGAACGUCAACUCGCCGCGAGAGUCGGAUAAACUGAGAUCAAAUUGAUUAUCUUGGCUGUGUAAUUUGAAUAAUUAACGCAUUUUUGUUGAAGUUAUAAGUAAUUUACCAGCUAGCUUGGCGAUAUACACAUGCUGGUAAGUUGCUUUCAUGUAUAACGUCCUACUAGUCUGCUACUGAAGAUUGCCUGUCGGAUUGACUAACGUUAACGUCAGCUGGCGUGCUAACGUAGCUAGCAGGUUAGCUUUGUCAUUUGUUUUGCCGAGGUUUAUCAUCACCAUGCUGCGCGGUUGAACGGCUGGACACCGUAAAGCAGUUUGAACUGGUCAAAGAUCCUGAGCCAUGGUGAAAGAACGGGCCCAGAAGAAGUCCUUCCAGCAGAGUCUGGAGGACAUCAAGGAGAGGAUGAAGGAGAGGAGGAACAAACGGCUGGCCAGUGCCUCAGCUCCCAGCAGAGGACGGUCCAGAAUGAUAAACAAAAGCAGUGGGGCUAACUCCACACACACCAUCCUGAAGGGAGUCCAGUUGAACAACAAGGCGCUGGCCGUAGCCCUGCAAGCUGAGAAGGACAAAGUGAGGCAGGCCAAUGCAGUGAUCCUGCAGCUGAAACGAGAGCAACAGGCCCUGUUCCUUCACCUGCUUCUGCUCAAGAGGAAGCUCAAGGAGCAGGAAGCUCUGGCAGCGAGUGCUUCAGAGACUAAUACUACAAACAUCCUUGUUGAACCUCAUCACCACGUGAAUGCGGCAAGGAGAAAGCGGACCAGCCAGAACCUUAAUGAGCCCACUCUGUGCAAAGCCGCACCAAUUUGUGCAGAGCCUCAGCCCUCUGAAAAGAAUGGACAACCUGAAUGUGACAAGCAGGUUAUCUUGCCAUCUACAGUGGGUGUACGGCGUCGGCACGCAGAUAGAAGAAGCAAAAGGAGAUCCGAGCGUGUGCGGGAACAGAGGUCGUUGAGUGAGGGGGACUGCAUCGCAGGCUUAGGGGCUUUAAUAGCAAGUCCUAUAAGCAGUGACGAUAGAAAUCAAGAUCGGCCACAGCAAAGAGCAGAACAAGAAAUAGCAGAUCCUAUGGACACUGAGGAGUUUCAGCACUCUACUCCUGAACCUGUCCCACCUAAAAAAAACAACCAGCAGCAGCCCAAUAGGAAACAAGCCCAGCAGCAGCCCCGCACCAAACCAGAACUGGCUGCACGGAAACCUGAGAGAGGCCGCAGACCAGAGCGAGCCCAAUUAAAGAAACCAUGGGAAAAUCCCAAACCCAGAGCCCGCUCCAAGAGUCGGGACCGUUCAGCCACACGUUCCAAAACAGCACCUCCACCACAGGGCAAUAAGCUCAACACCUCACUGGGUUUUAAUGACACGUUUGACUUUAACUGUGAAGAGACAGUUCAUGUCACACCCUUCAGGGCAAAGGCAGAGGACAAUCAGCUGGCCGCGCCCAUCAGCGAAGAGGCUCCACAAAGAGGACAGCCCCAAACUGAAGCAUCGCCUGUCACUUCCCAACAGAAUGAGUCCAGCUCGUCAUCACCAACUUCUGAGUCAGAAGACAGCCUUUAUGUCCCUCAGAAAACCAGGAGGAGACAGACUUCACCGGACAAGACCAAGGUGAUCACCACUCGUAGAGGCCGGCCCUCUAAAGUCGUCAGACAGAAAGAAAGCAUCCCUCCAAAACAGGAGAUCUCAGUCUUUAGAGAUGAGGAGUCAAGUCCUAAGGCUGCAGAGCCUGAAAAGGAAGAAGCCCAUCUCCAUCACUCCCCUGACUCUAGUUUCUCUAACAGCCCUGACCCUGCGAGGAUGGGACAGGAAAACCACCAAGAGCCUCACAGGGAGGUUAUUGAGGAUUGUUUGCUCCCUGUCAGCCCUCUGGUUGAAGCUGAGAUGAUGAGGAUAGACAACGUCCUGUCCAAUUUUGGAGAUUCGUCCUGCGACGCUCCAUCUCUUUUACCCCACCAAACGCCCCAGAGGAUCAAGACGUGCAAGAAACGCGGGCUUGGUGUAAGGACAGCAGGGCGGGGCUUGAGUCUGUGUGAUGUGACCAAUCUGUCCCCUGCAGCCUAUCGCAAGUUCUCCUCUGAUGCCCGAUGCUCCACUCCUGUUCCUGCUCGCAAGCGCCGCUGCACCAUGGUGGUGGACUACAAGGAGCCCUCACUAAACGCGAAACUUCGGCGUGGAGACAAGUUCACAGACUUGCAGUUCCUCCGUUCUCCUAUUUUCAAGCAGAAGUCGGACAGGAGGUCUGUGCAGAAAUCAAGGAAAUCCAUGAGUGGCCAGCAACCAUUUGAGAAAUACAAUGAGUCGUUUGUUGGAUGUCGCUGAAACUAGCUACCUUGUUGUGAGUGUUGACUGGCAUUGUCAGUUUUAAAGUGCUUUUAAUAGAGUUUUGACAAGUGACCAUUUUGUUUUCACUCUUAAGGUUGUAUUUCUUUUAUAUGAUGUGAUUUGUGUGAUAUGUAAUGCGACUGUGAUCAGUUUGUUUCAUGCUUAUUUUGCAUGUUUAUGGUUUUUCUUCUCUCCUCCAUUUCCCAUCUUCAUCUCUAGGUAAACGUAGUAAUUGCUAUUUUCUGAAGAAAAUAUUUUACAAUUUUUUUUUGUCGUCAUCUUACCUCUGUUUCUAUUAUGAGAUCCUGAAUAUAUUAAUAUUCCAAUUUAUAUCUUUCUUUAAUUGCAUCUUCUACUGUAUGAUGUGACAAUAAACUUUCUUUCUUCAUUUGCUCUAUUGCAUUAUACAAGUUUAUAUUGAUGGCUGUGCUGGAAUGACAAUGAAUAUGAUGAGCUUUAUUGGAGAGGGGUUUGUUUAUCCUGACAGGCUUACAUCUGAACACAUCAAAGUUUAGAUGGAACUUGAUUUGUGUCAUGUCAUUCUUGAAUUGUUAAUUAAAAUCUUUUGAAAAUGAA